AUGGCUCACAUCGCAAGCUGUAUGCUCGACGUCGAAGGCGAGUCUGCGAGCUCUUCGUAUAUAGCAAAGUCGCCCUCCCUACUCCCUCCCAGCGAAAUGACACAACCGCCAACAGAACACAAACCUUUCGUCUGGAGGAUGCAUCAUCCGGAGACACGAAAGUAUCAGCUUUUCCCCAAAGAUCGCCAACAACGACAGGCGGGCAAGAGUCUCGACCCUGAACAAGCCUUUGCACUGGCCAUGGGACAGAACGAGAAGACGGAAAAGCCCUGCAGUAGCAGCGGCUCGCUCCGCCUACGUAUCAAGGAGCACAACCUCAUUAGGCGACGGAAAGUCAGCAUCCCCGAGUUGGGCCCAAUGACGACGGUACAGGAAGUUCCUAUGGAUUCGCCCACAAUUCCGGGACGGCCGCCUCUCCAUGAGAGGUCUAUUAGCGCUCCUGGUCACCACGUGAAGCAGCACAAAUCAUCUGGUUCCACUUCAUCCGUGACUGGACCUGACGCCGACGGCAACAUCAACGGCAGCGCGGCGCCUGCUCGAUCUCCCGAGCGGCAUCAAAGAUCCGCCUCAGAGAAUCAAACUCCUCGACAACCGAUCUCGCCGAAGCAACUGGCUCCUCUCGUCAUACCAACUCACAUCGGUAACGUUCCUCGCCUAGCUAGGCAAAUGUCACACAGCCGCAUGCGUUCUGGAAGCAACGGUCAGGAUGGUGGCCAGCUGUCUGCCCGCGCCGACGACUCGCCCAGAUCACUAUCCCGAACCCCGUAUACACCCCUCACUGCCUCGACGGCGCUCACCACACCCCUGUCCGCCUGCCCAAGCGUUCAAUCUGCCACUACCCCUGUCUCGGCUCCCAUUAUGGAAAACCGCCCUUCGCCCAACAUGUGGGACAAUAGUACACCGACCGCGACGACGCCCAAUUUAUCUAAGGAUAGUUCGACAUCACCAGAUGCUGACGGUGGCCAGAGACCCUAUCUUCACGGACACAGGAGGGGUCAGUCCGAGUCUGGUAGCAUCAUGGAUCGGGGAAGGCCGAGGAAACGUAGCGAUGCGCGCAACAACAACGGUCCAAUGCUCAAGCGAAGCUGCUCAACCCAGAACAAGAGUGCCGAACGUAGGGCCUUUGAAGAGCUGCCGACUGGCUGGAAAGUUAGCGAGGCGUCGAAACACAUCGAGCAAGAUGAGUUGAUGGCUCUUCAGAUGCAGGCGUUUGGUCAAGCCUCGAGGUUCGAGGUUUUGAGGAAGGAGGAUGUUGAGCUUCUCUCAAGGGAGCUUCGUCAGCUUGAUGAACGAACUGAAUAUCUGCGCCGCACAUAUAAUUCGCUUCGUGCUGGUCGCCGUAACCUUCACUCCCGUAUCUGCCAAUAUCUACGCUCGCCGCGCAUGGCCAAAUUCAGCACCGAUUCGAUGCUCAAGCAAGAGGAAGCUCUCGCUGAGCUGGACACAUCCAUCGACGAUUGGGUCAGCAAGCUAGAGCAAGCCGAGAACCGCCGCACACGAGUGCGCCAAAAGCUUCUGGAACACGUUGCUGCUGCAGCUACACUCCCUGCCCCAACGACAGCGGCUGCGAGCGAGUCAUUGCAGCUUGCCUUGGGCGUCCAUCCGACCCCACAAGUGGGUGUUGGAAAUAUCUCCACUCCUCCCCGGAGCCCCACCAAGAACGGAUUUCCUCCGCAUACAAGCAGCUCUCCCUCACCUCAGCGCGUUGUUGCCCAGGUGCCCAGUACCAUUGUAGAGCAGCCGGUGAUGGAAGAGUCUGCUGCCAGCAAGCGCGCCUCUACCUUUAGCCAGAGACGCGCCGAUGUUGAAAGCAUUCGUAUCUACGCCGACAGCGAUGUGUACGCCCUGCUGGCCGACGUGGAGAACGAAAUCACCAAGAUGAGCGCUGCCGCCAAUCAGACCGAGACUCCGGCAAAUAUGUCCGACGACGAGCGCAAGGAAAUUCAUCGAGCUCGCAGCCACGAGGCCCUAAGCGGACUGUCAGCCGCGGACGCCAAGAGUCCCGUCCCUUCUCCGCAAGCAUCUUCUCCUACAAUCAAGGAUAGCCCGGUGGAGGGCGAGGCCAUCUUCCUCACCAGUGCCGUGUUCCGAGGCUAA